GAGGCUCGCCGUCUUGCCGAAGCGGAAGCAGAGCGCAAGCGCGAAGAGGAGGCUCGCCGCCUUGCCGAAGCUGAAGCAGAGCGCAAGCGCGAAGAGGCGCGCCGUCUUGCCGAAGCGGAAGCAGAGCGCAAGCGCGAAGAGGAGGCCCGCCGUCUUGCCGAAGCUGAAGCCGAACACAAGCGUGAAGAGGAGGCCCGGCGCCUUGCUGAAGCUAAAGCACAGCGCGAGCGCGAGGAGGCCCGCCGGCACGCCGAACAGGCCCAAGCGGAGCACAAGCGCGAGGAGGAGGCCAGGCAGCGCGCCGAAGAGGAAGCUGCUCGCAAACAUGAAGAGGAGGCCUGGAGGCAGGCUGAGGAUGCCCGAGCGGAGUUCGAGGAGGCCAGGGCGGCCCACCGAGCUUCCCAAGAGGAGCAUCCACCAGGAGCCGAAAGGAGGCAGAGCCAGUCCGAGACUGCUCCCCUUUUCGAAGCUCCUGAGAUGCGCUGGCCUUUGGGCA